AGUGGUUGGACCUCUGACUUUCUGCAUGCAAAGCAGGGCCUUUCCCACUCAGUGGAAGCAAAACAGCCCAGAAGAACGUAACAGGGCCUCUCUCCCAUGCCUACAGAAGGAAAGUGGGAAUGUUGUUUUGAUGUUGCAUCGUGGGAAACUGAGCUGAAGGGGCUUAGAACGUAAAAACAUCCCUCUUGAGGCUGUUGGGCAAAUGUACCUGUUGCUCAAGGCAGCUGACUGGUGCAUUGACAAAACACCUGGUUGUAUGCCGCAGGCGAUUCAAGCCAUCUGUUUGGAAGCAGAAGGAAGAGGCCCAGGUUUGCCGGUCCAAGAAAUGGUUUGAGAAGACAGGAUCGUUGCCCUGGAGAGCUUACCGUCUGAAAUGAAGGAAAGGCGAGAGAGAGAGUGAUAUUCUCUUCUUGUGUGUGUCCGUGUGGUGGUGGCAAGCCUCACGGGACGUGGGCGUAGGAGUGUGGAAUUGUGUGAAAGACUUCACAGAAACAGGGUUUCGAGGGAGCACGAGAUGGCAGCGCGCUGGUGUUCUGGAGGACGGCGCUGGGCCUACGGGGAGAAGUGUGGUGGCUUGGAAGGACUUGCGGCAGUGGAGCGUGUGGGGGUGGAAAGAUCACAGGUGGAGCACAUGGUGAUGAGCUUUAGGGUGUCCGAGCUCCAAGUGCUCCUGGGUUUCGCUGGCAGAAACAAGAGUGGGCGAAAGCACGAGUUGCUCACCAAGGCUUUGCAGCUGCUGAAGUCUGGCUGCAGUCCAGCAGUCCAGAUGAAAAUCAAGGAGCUGUACCGGCGGCGGUUUCCCCGAAAGAUCCUCACCCCUUCGGACUUAUCCAUGCUGCACCUCCAGGCGGGACAGCUGCCUUCGGCCACAGCGCUGACCCAGGGCGCCAUGUGCCACCUCCCCUACGACAACGGAUCCGUGGCCUCCGCCGUGCCCGCCGGCAUGUUGCCCCCGGUGCCGAUGUUGGGGCCCAAGCAUGAGACAGAUGUUCCGCACCUGUCGCCGCCCAUCCACCCAGUCCAUCCGGAUGUUAAAAUGAGGCGGCUGCCCUUCUAUGACGUCUACGAUGAGCUCAUUAAACCCACCACUCUGGCUUCCAUGAACAGCCAGCGGUUCGAGGAAGCCCAUUUCACCUUCGCCCUCACCCCGCAGCAGGUACAACAGAUCCUCACGUCUCGUGAUAUCUUACCUGGUGCCAAAUGCGAUUACACCGUACAGGUGCAGUUAAGGUUUUGUUUGUGCGAAACCAGCUGCCCACAAGAGGACUACUUUCCUCCCAAUUUAUUCGUCAAAAUCAAUGGGAAGCUCUGCCCUCUUCCUGGUUACCUGCCCCCCACGAAAAACGGUGCAGAGCCCAAGCGACCGAGCCGACCGAUCAACAUCACGCCUUUGGUGCGGCUGUCAGCCACGGUCCCCAAUACAAUAGUUGUGAACUGGUCCUCUGAGUUUGGCCGGAAUUAUUCCCUGUCUGUUUACCUGGUGAAGCAGCUGACGUCAGUGACAUUGCUCCAGAAACUGAGGGCCAAGGGAAUCCGGAACCCAGAUCAUUCACGAGCCCUGAUCAAAGAGAAACUGACAGCCGACCCCGACAGCGAGAUUGCCACAACAAGUUUGCGAGUUUCACUCAUGUGCCCGCUGGGCAAGAUGAGGCUGAUCGUCCCCUGCCGAGCGUUCACCUGCACGCACCUGCAGUGCUUCGACGCCGCACUUUACCUUCAGAUGAACGAGAAGAAGCCGACGUGGACCUGCCCUGUCUGCGACAAGAAGGCCCCCUACGAGGCCCUGAUCAUCGAUGGGUUGUUCAUGGAGAUCCUGAACUCCGUCACGGAUUGUGACGAGAUCCAGUUCAUGGAGGACGGCUCCUGGUGCCCCAUGAAGCCCAAGAAAGAGAACCAGGAGGUUUGCCAGCCGUCUGCCUACAACGGCCUGGAAGCUUCCCUGUUCACAGUGGGCUCUGACGGGAAGCCGCUGGCCGAAAGCAAGAAGAAAGUGGAAGUCAUUGACCUCACGCUGGACAGCUCUUCGGACGAGGAGGAGCCCCCGGCCAAGAAGCAGUUUCCGGUCACCACCGCAGCCAUCCCAGCAGCCGCGGGGCCCAAGGGCGUCCUGAGCGCCGACCAUCAGCCCUCCUCGGUGCUGCGGAGCCCCCCCAUGGCCGCGGUGGGCAGCGACUAUCUCUCCAACCUCCCCGUGCCCGACUACCACUCCUACCAGGUCCCCUCGGACAUCCAAGGUCUGGAUUUGUUUUCCUUCCUUCAAAGUGAAAACCAGCAUUACAGCCCUUCCGUGAUCACGCCCCUGGAUGAGCCGGACUCACUGAGCCACUUCUUCCAGUACCGCGGCACCUCCCCGCACUUCAUGAACCCCCUCGCGCCGGUGGUGGUGGGCUCGCACAGCGCCGUCAGCUCUCCCACCGGCAGCCGCAUGAACAGUGUCGUGUCCUCCCCGCCCACGGCCCUGCGGGAGGGCCACGCGCACAGUGGCGCCGUGGGGGGCAGCCCGGUUUUGCCGGGGUGCCGGCCGGAUAUCAUCUCCCUGGACUAACCCUCCACGCGAGCACAGACUCUUCGUGCCGCUUCGUCCCUCCUGGUUGAAGAAACGAACAGCAGCGUUUGGCAAGCCGGGGCCCCGCGGGCACUUCGGGAGGAGGCGCAUCCUGCAGAGAGCGUGGUUCCUGCCGCGGGCACUUCGGGAGGAGGCACAUCCUGCAGAGAGCGUGGUUCCUGCCGCGGGCGCCGCACUUCUGCACGAGGGCUGGAAAACAGCGUUUGGCUCGGGCCGUUUUCAGAGCCCCGUGUUUCUGGGCUCGAGAGGAGUGUGCGGUCCCUGUCGGUGAAAUCUCGGAGGACUGCGGAAAGAAGAUUUUAUUUCCAUCCGUGGCUGGGGCUUCACCAUCCGGUAGCUUCAGGAUCCAUUAUGCAAAUGAGCCAGUCAUCUGCAUAAUCGAUUCCACAUUACGGAGUUCUGCUUCAUUUCGAACAUGAGCCCUGGGUUUUAUUUAGGCAAGAUCUGAUGUGAGGCGCCUUAACGCCUCUGCGCAGGAGACAGCAGCACCUUGAUUUUAAUCCGCUAGUGUUAGAGUUGGCCAUCUUUGCCACCUCCUCCGUAGCAGCGGGUGAUUAAAGGGAACCGGUUCAAACCUG